AUGGUCACCGCUCCUUCUACCUCCGCGGCCCGGAAGGACACUAUUCUGUCCCGAAGGUAUAUCGAGGGUCUCAUUUCUGAAGGCAAGCAUGUCAUUAUCUUCGACGGUCGCGUACUCAGGGUCGAUGCGUGGAUUCCCUACCAUCCUGGAGGAGACAAGUCCAUCAGGCACAUGGUUGGGAAAGAUGCCACCGAUGAGAUCAACGCGUUACACUCCAAGGAAGCGCGCCAGCGAAUGUUGUCCUUUCAGAUCGGUCGCAUUGAGGGCCCAUGGGUGAACUUCCUGCCACCCAUCCAGGGCGGAAAGUUUCGUCCGUAUACCGAGGAUUGUUUGUCCGAUGAAGAGAGCUCUGAUCAGGAGAGUUCCGGUCAAGAAACGUCACAGCCGCCAUCCCCGAUCUUUGAUGCCGUCGAUAGCACGUCAGGUGCUCGCCAGCGGAAACCUGCGCCCGCAACCCCAGCCUCGGCCGCCAAAAGCGAAGAGUUCCAACCGAAACCCUUCUUUCUCGAUGCACGCACGCAGGAGGAACUCGUCUUCGAUACGGCCAAAUACCCCUCGCUAGAUUUGGAUAAUCAGGAGAAGAUCAAGCAGAGGUAUCGUGAUCUGGACCGGCAGAUCCGUGCGGAGGGGCUCUACGACUGUCGCUACUUCUCGUACUUUAUUGAAUGCUGCCGGUAUACACUCUUCGCUGCCUUGUCCUACUAUUUCCUCCAGAUUGGAUGGUAUGCGACUUCAGGAUUCUUCCUCGGAUGCUUUUGGCAUCAGCUUGUGUUUACUGCCCAUGAUGCUGGCCAUAUGGGCAUUACGCACAACUUCCACGUCGACACGGUGAUUGGUAUCAUUAUCGCCGACUAUCUUGGAGGACUUAGCCUUGGGUGGUGGAAACGCAGCCACAAUGUGCACCAUAUCGUGACGAACGCCCCCGAACACGACCCCGAUAUCGAACACAUGCCAUUCUUCGCCGUCUCCCAUCGCUUCCUUACCAGCCUUCGCAGUACCUACUACGACCGCAUCAUGGAAUUCGAUGCUGCUGCAAACUUCCUUUUGCGCUUUCAGAACUACCUCUACUACCCCAUCCUCCUGUUUGGACGUUUCAAUCUGUAUCGUCUGAGCUGGGAAUACCUUUUCACGGGUCAAGCCCCGAAGAAAGGUCCCGCCUGGUGGCAUCGGUGGUUUGAGAUUGGCGGUCAGGUGUUUUUCUGGAUUUGGUUUGGCUAUGGAGUGAUGUACCGCUCGAUUCCGGACUGGAGCAGCCGGCUUGCCUUCCUUUUCGUCUCUCACAUGGUUACCUCUCCGCUGCACGUGCAGAUCACCCUUUCUCAUUUCGCCAUGUCCACCUCCGACAUGGGAGUCAACGAGUCUUUCCCGCAACGAAUGCUCCGCACCACCAUGGAUGUUGACUGCCCGACCUGGCUCGACUUCUUCCACGGGGGUCUUCAAUUCCAAGCCAUCCAUCAUCUUUACCCCCGCAUUCCGCGGCACAAUCUACGUCGGACCCAGCGCCUGGUGCUCGACUUUUGCCGCGACACUGGCAUCCCUUAUACCAUCUUCACCUUCUACGAUGGUAACAAAGAGGUAAUUGGCAAACUCGGCGACGUCGCAAAGCAGGUCCGCAUUCUCGAGGAGUGCAGGAAAUCGUGCGCGGAGAAUGGUGUGUUCUCGGAUCAUCAUUGA